UGCCUCUGUGCCUGGGGAGACCAGCUCAGGGCCAUGACCGGGGAGCUUCAGACCGGAGGAGUGUUCAGCAAGGUUCCUGUGUGAGGGUCCACUGACCAGCCAGGAAGAAAAACCAAAUUCUCUUGUCAAGAGAGGGUCCCUGGCAGGAGACCUGAAGCCAACUGCUCUCAGAAACCUGGCAGGAAGUCUGGGCUGUGGAGAGCAAUCUUUCAGGUCAGGCCAGUUUCUUCUCUGGCUUGCUCUGGAGGUUGCCACACACAGCUAGCAGGGAGGGAGCCAGGCAGGUAGGACAGGUGAGCUUCCCACUCAGCACAGUUGUCCCAGAGCUGUGCUGUGGGCUGGCUGCUGGCAGGCAUCUGAAGCUCACCCAUAUGCCUGAAGGAAGGCAGUACACCAUGGACCUUGGAAGGUUGCAGUGACCUGCCAGGGCUACUGGUGCUGGGAAGAGGCCAUGGAACAGCCCCCCCACCUGGAAGGUCCAUUGUCUCCUCAUGAGGCCCUGAGCCCUGUUCUCUAUGCCUUCCCACCUGCUGUCUCUCAAGUGGCCCCAUCUGGGGAGACCAUUCAAGGUGCCACCCUCAGAUCUUGUGGUACAGACACCAGACCGGGCCCCCUGCCCUGCAUAGCUUGUGCAAGUCCAAGUGCUUCCUCCACCCCCACUUUCAAGGCAUCCUGGGGGAUGGGCCCGAAGAGGGUGGCCCUCAUCGCCUGUCUUCUCAUCCUCAUCGUGUUGCUGAUUGCCCUCAUCCUGCUCUUCUUGUUCUGGCGGUCCAGCACCGGCAUUGUGUACAAGCAGCCGGUGGAGAGCUGCAGUGGCCACGCUGUGCGGUGUGACGGGGUUCCCGACUGUUCUCAGCGGAGCGAUGAACUAGGCUGUGUGCGCUUUGGGUGGAACCAGUCCUUGCUCCAUGUCUACUCGGGAGCAGAGAGGGAGUGGCUGCCUGUCUGCAGUCACACCUGGACCGAGGCCUUCUCCCGAAAGACCUGUCAGCAGCUUGGAUUCCUAAACUUUGCCUCCUGCUGGGCCCUCGAGAGAACUUGUCUUUCUCCCGGCCAGGCAGACCGACUUGGGGGUUCUGCUCCUCCAAGACACAUGCACGACCCUGUUGGCCACAGGCUCUGGGUUUCUCACCUAACAUCUGGUUUGUUGAUCUCCACUGCAGCUCCCAGUGCAGCUCCAGAAAACUGUGGGCAACGGAUAUCCGGCCGCAUCGUGGGUGGCACCGAAGCAUCUGCCAGUAAAUGGCCUUGGCAAGUGAGCCUCCAGUAUGGGUCCGCUCACAUCUGUGGUGGCACUAUCAUUGACCCCCAGUGGGUGCUGACCGCAGCCCACUGCUUCUUCAUAAAUAGUGUGAAAAUCCUGGAUGAGUGGAAGGUAUAUGCUGGUGCCGCUGACCUCAAGCAGGCGAUGGAGGGGAUCCUUGUCUCUGAGGUCAUCAUUAAUGCCAAUUACAGUGAUGAUCACGAUGACUACGACAUUGCCCUGAUGAAGCUCUCCCAUCCCUUGGUCCUCUCAGCUCAUGUUCGCCCAGCCUGCCUUCCCAUGUCAGGCCAAAGGUUUCUUCCUGGGAGGACAUGCUUCAUCACAGGCUUUGGCAAGAUCAGUGAAAAUGAAGAGAAUACAUCGCCCAAGCUGCGGGAAGCAGAAGUGAAAAUCAUUGACUAUCGGCUCUGCAACAGCCGUAAUGUCUACGAGGGAUUCUUGACCCCCCGGAUGAUGUGUGCUGGGUUUCUGCAAGGGGGCACAGACUCUUGCCAGGGCGACAGCGGCGGCCCCCUGGUCUGUCAGGACAGCAGCCGAUGGUACUUGGCUGGUGUCACCAGCUGGGGAACCGGCUGCGGCCAGAGGAACAAGCCAGGCGUCUACACCCAAGUCGCAAAGUUUCUGGGCUGGAUUUACAGCCAGAUGGAGAGCCAGAGCAAGUGAGAAGAGGCGGGCACCCCACACCGCUUUCCGGGGAAGUGGAAGGACCUGGCAAAGGUGGACCGACUGUAUCUUCCUGCUCUUGGGACUUAAGGACACCGGUGGGGCGGAGGACAGCUGGGCUCUUCCCCACGGUCUGUGUGCCCUCCGAACUGCUGUUGGAACCGGCUGGGGACUCUGGGCUGAAGGAUGCAGCUGCUGAGCCUGGAGCUGAGCAUUUGGCGAGACACGCUGGGUCACAUGGGGUAGGGUGAGAUGGCCUAGAGACCUUGCUCUGUGGUAGCGCCUUUCUGAGAUCUGACAGCGCUGUUGGCAUCAGAGGGCACUGACCAAAAGGUGCCCUCAACUGACAGGAAAGGGUCAGCUGCAACUCCUCAUAAUGCAGGAUCUGACUGGCAGCACUACAGGCCCUGGAAACUGGGCUCAUUAGGACCGCCCUCUGCUGCCGCCGGGUACCACCCCUCUCACCACCUCAGUGUUUCUGUCUCUCUGCCCCCGGGAGCUGAGCGCAUGGCAUGAGACCCACUGUGACCACCCACCUGGAGAAGGAGUUGCAGAAGGAGCAUGUACCCCUAAAAUUUGACUUCCCUCUCCCUAAUCAGACAUCUCCUUCCUUCUCUGAAGCAUCUUCCUGAAAAGGAUGUGCCUCCUGGGCUAGAACGCCUUAUUUCCGAAAACAGAAGCAUCAGUGUGACACUG